CCCGUUAAGUCAAGAUGCCGAAGAAAAAGACGGGCCAGCGAAAGAAGGCAGAGAAACAGAAGCUCCGACAGAAAGAAAUCCGCAACCGGGAAUCUCAGCUGCCGGAGCAACCAUGCAACGUUGCAAUGGACUGUGAGAAGUGUGGCAAGAAACAAAAGUCUAGAGCGUUCUGUUAUUUCUGCCAAAGUCUUCAGAGAUUGCCGAUUUGUGCUCAGUGCGGGAAGCAAAAGUGCAUGCUCAAAACCGGAGAUUGUGUGGUGAAACAUGCGGGUGUGUUUACCACCGGUCUACAGAUGGUUGGUGCAAUUUGUGACCAUUGUGAGGCGUGGAUAUGUCAUGGAAGAAAAUGUCUGCAAUCGCAUGCCUGCACUUGCCCGCUGAUGGACGCAGUAUGUAUCGAGUGCGAGCGAGGCGUGUGGGAUCACGGUGGGCGAAUGUUUAAGUGCAGCUUCUGCAACAAUUUUCUGUGCGAAGACGACCAGUUCGAGCAUCAGGCUUCGUGUCAGGUGCUGGAGUCCGAAUCGUACAAGUGCCAAUCGUGCAACAAGCUGGGCCAGUACUCGUGUUUACGUUGCAAAACGUGCUACUGUGACGACCAUAUCCGCAGGAAAGGGUUCAAGUAUGAUAAGAACAAGCCGAUACCCUGUCCGAAGUGUAAUUACGAGACGAGUCAAACGAAGGAUCUCAGCAUGUCGGUCCGCAGUCAUAAGUACGGUCGUAAACGGCUUGACGACGACGGAGAGGAUGAUGAUUAUGCGUACGAUGAUGAGUACAUGGCUUACCGCAGUAGUCACGAUCAUUACAACGAGGUUUCAGGAGGUUCAUCCGACGAUGACUACGAAGAUGACGAUGACGACGACGAUGAUGAUGACGACGAAGACGAUGAUGAUGACGAGGAUGAGGAAGAGGAAGUUACCGAAGGUAAAUCGGCAGAAGGAACAUCCUCAAGCACAUCCUCAAAGGCGCAAAAGUAGCGUCCUUGCAUGUUAGUUUCUUUCUGCAAUGCAAACUGGAGCUCUUUAAAGUCCCAUUUCUUCUUGUUUAUUGCAUAGCAGAACUAUACAAAACGGUUUGCAAAUGUGCUAAAGAUGGAUACGAUGUUUGUAAUAAAACAAGGGAGCGAUGAAAAACAGAAUAAAAGAAACGUACUAAAAGUAA